AUGGCCAUCCGAUCGGCACUUAACCAAGCACUAGAUCACAGCAUCACCAACAUCAAACUCUACUCAGACGCUCAGGAUCUCAUCCGAGCCAUCAACUCGCAGGAGCAAGUAAAGGAGAUCUAUGGUCUCCUUUUCGACAUCUUCACUCUUGUAUCUAUGUUCACUUCGAUUUUGUUUCAUUUUGUUCCUAGAUCUAAGAAUCUUCUGGCUGACUCUCUUGCAAAGAUCGCCAAGGAAAACUUAGUCGCUUCAAUGCCCGGGAUGGCCCCACCUUGUAGUUGGGUCGCUGCUCCGGCUAGUGUCGAGAAUUAUCAUUUCUGGAAGAGGGCAUGUACAACCAUCGCUGGUCCGGCGCUGGCUAGCGUCGAGGCCUCUGUUGCUAGCGUCAAGGCUGAUCUAUUUGCGACAAGCGAUGGAUCCUCAGAUUCUGCUAAGAAGGAGAAGGCCAAGGAGGCAGCCAAAACGCAGAGGAAGAAGAGGAAGAUGUUCGAGGAACUACUUGAGAAUCGUCGAGUCACUAGAGUAAAAAAAACGUUAAAUGCUUUGAGGAGGAGGGAGAAGGAAUAUGGAGUUUCCAUCACUCAAGCAGAUCUCGUUCGCUGGGCAAGGCGUCUCGACAAGAACGGAAAACAUCAGCACGCCUACGAGAUGUUUGAGUGGAUGGAGGAAAAGAAAAUGACAUUUUCUCCCUCUGAGCUUGCAACCUUUGUGGGUCUAAUUGAAAAGACUAAAGACUUGGGUGAGGCUUUUGCCUACUUUAAGAAAGCAGACCCAGACUUUGACAACAUGGACUUGAAGUGCAAGAAUUGGCCUGCUUACCAGGUGCUCUUGGAAUGCUACUUUGCAAGAGAUGAUCAUGCCGGUUUUACUUGA